GCAGACGCCAAUGUCUCGACAUCGACGCCGCCCAGCUGCACGAGGCCGCGUUUGACGUCAAGCGCAGGCGCAGGCACCACCGCAUGCGCAGACGUCGCCCGCCCGCCCGCUGGGCGCCUUUCUUGCGUCCAGCAGACGCAGACUGCCCCUCGCUCGAUUCGGGCAGCGGCCACCAUCAAUCCAUCAAUCAUCCCCCAUCUCCACGCUCGACGCCCGCCCCCGUGUCCAUCAUGACCCGCUAUCGACGCCGACAAACGUGGAGCCGCCGCACCAAAAUCUGGGGUAACGAACCGCCCGUGGCGUUGGCGUACUGGAAUCGGAAUCGACGGAAUCGGAAGCGGAUUCCUCGUCAGAGCAACUACCCGGCCCCUCCUCCCUCUACGGUAACGGCCCUCCUCGCUUCGUCCAAUGGCGCAGCAAUCAUUGCCCAAUUACACAGCAUUCACUACGUCAAGGCGUCCGUAGGCACCAUCAAGAGGCUUCCCCGCGCGCGCCGCCCCCGCUGGCCGGCUCCGCGGACUGCUUCACGGCAACACACGGCUCGAGCCGACAUGCGAGGAUAAAUAUAAAGACCACGUCUUCUUCGCCCAAGCAGAUGAAAGAUCCGUAUCUCACAAGCCGUGCGAGACACCCAACCCAACGGUGAAGCAGCAUCGUGCCCUCGCUUGCCAUGUCGUACCAAGUCGUGGGCAUCGCCAUCUUGGCCGCUAUCUAUGCCCUGAUCAAGUUCCUCAGCGCCACCGACGUGCCCCGCAUCAAGGGUCUCCCCGAGAUUCCUGGUGUUCCCAUCUUUGGCAACUUGCUGCAGCUCGGCGUCGACCACGCCCGCGUCACACAGAAAUGGGCUCGCAAGUACGGGCCCGUCUUUCAAACGCGACUCGGCACCAAGCGCAUCAUCUUCGUCAACAGCUAUGACAGCGUCAGGCACUUUUGGGUUACACACCAGUCGGCCCUCAUCUCUCGCCCGACCUACCACACCUUCCACUCGGUCGUAUCCUCGUCCCAGGGCUUCACCAUCGGCACCUCGCCCUGGGAUGAAUCGUGCAAGCGCCGCCGCAAGGCCGCUGCCACUGCGUUGAACCGGCCCGCGACGCAGUCGUACAUGCCCAUCCUGGACCUCGAGUCCACUGUCAGCAUUAAAGAGCUCCUCGACGACGCCAAGGGCGGCACUGUCGACGUCGACCCCAACGCCUACGUCCAGAGGUUUGCGCUCAACACGUCCCUCACCCUCAACUACGGUUUCCGCAUCGAUGGCAGCGUCGACAGCGUUCUACUCAAGGAGAUUACGCACGUGGAGCGCGAGAUUUCCAAUUUUCGCUCCACCAGCAAUAACUGGCAGGAUUAUGUCCCCCUGCUGCGGCUGUGGGGGGCCCAGAACUCGACGGCCAAGGAGUACCGGGCCAGACGGGACAAGUACCUGACGGACAUGCUCACCAACCUCCAAGACCGCAUCGCCAAGGGCACGGACAAGCCGUGCAUCACCGGAAACAUUCUCAAGGACCCCGAGGCUAAGCUCAACUUUGCCGAGCUCAAGUCAAUCUGCCUUACCAUGGUAUCGGCUGGCCUCGACACAGUCCCCGGCAACGUCAUCAUGGGCCUCGCGUACUUGUCGACGGAAAGGGGCCAGGCGGUGCAGGCCAAGGCGCUGAGAGCCAUCGAGGAGGUGUACCCGAACGGCGAAGCGUGGGAAAAGUGCCUGGUAGAGGAAAAGGUGCCGUACAUUACGGCGCUAGUCAAGGAGACGCUGCGAUACUGGACCGUAAUCCCCAUCUGCCUGCCGCGGACGAGCAUCCAUGACAUCCCGUACGAGGGCACCGUGAUACCGGCGGGGACCACGUUUUUCAUGGUUCGUCGACUACGUCUUCGUGCGCAGGCGUUGAACGAAGAUGCUGACGAAACAUGCCAACAAAAUAGAACGCCUACGCGGCCGACUACGACGACGCGCGGUUCAAGGAGCCCUACGAGUUUGUUCCGGAACGUUAUCUCGACGACAAGGAGGUGGGCACGCCGCACUACGCCUACGGGGCCGGGUCGCGCAUGUGCGCCGGGUCGCACUUGGCGAACCGCGAGCUGUACACGUUUUACAUUCGCAUCAUUACGGCGUUUGAGGUUGUGCCGGCGCGGAACCACGCCGACGCGCCCACCAUGGACGCCAUCGAGGCCAACAACACGCCGACGUCGCUCACUAUGGACACGAAGCCGUUCAAGGUCGGGCUUCGGGCGCGGGAUGAGACCAAGCUGCGGACGUGGAUCGCGGAGGCGGAGGAGAGGACACGGCAUCUGUAACACCAUAACCCUUGUACACGAACACACCGGGACGUGCAGGCUGGCGAGCCGUCGAUGGCACAUGCAACACUCGGCUACGGCCCCUGGUUCUUUUGUUGGUCUCACAUGAAGCAGGCAUGGAGGGCAGCGCCGCGCUGCAACGCACAUCGACAUCUCUAUCACUCAGAUCGUACCGGUACAACGCAGCUUCAGCACCGAGAGGGCUCGAAGUGGACCCUGCCUGUGUGCGACACACGAACGACACUGCAAGGUCGAAAUCGGGCACGAUUCAAGUAUAUGGAGGCUUAUGAGGACGCAUAUAGGCAAUGGCAAAGAGAAUCACCAGUGAGUAGCACUGUUAAGAGUCACGCAUGCUUCUAUUUUCACCCCUUGGAGUUUUGCCAAGUCAAGCAUCGCCAAGGCAUCGGCUUGUACCCGCUGUCGAAGACACCAGUGUAGUACGUACGGCCGUGCAGUGUAACCCUACCUCUCGAAGACACGCAUAUUUAUGCAAGAAUCCUCGUACACCUCAAGUAAAGGGCAUGCCUUUACGCCCCAACCGGGCCGCUACUUCAGUCAUCUUCGUCGUCAUCUUCGUCGUCGUCAUCGUGAUCAUGGCGAUGCUUCUCACGGUACGUUCCAUCUCCAUCCUCAUACGUGCCACGGUUACCUCGACUUCGACGGGCUGAGGUCUUGUGUCCUCGGUCUCCCUCAUACCAGUGAGCAGCCGCAUAUUCGUCCGAGUAAUAGCCCUUCUCUUCGUCCUCGUCUUCCUCGGACAUGUAUUUGUGCGAGCGGGCGUCGCGUCGCGAACCCGCGACGGAGGGGGCUCUGUGGUCUCGUUCUUGAAACGAAGAAGAAUACUCACGUGUGUCUCUGCCACGGGCGCCGCCGCUCCGACCACUUCUUCCCGAGCUGCUGAGCAGGCUGGAGUUGCCUUUGGGCGUUUUCGGGCUGCGGUUUUCCUUGCCAUCAUACUUGCUUCGACUUGGCGUGUCUCGGUUCCAGGAUGUAGCACGCGGAGAUGGAGGGUCGCGUUUUGGCCGGACCUGGAGAAGGUCCUCGUGGCGGGCGUGGUCCUCGCGAACCAUUUCUCUACGCGCCGUGUCCUCGUCCCUCUCGCCGGUGGCAAGGAAGAAGUAAUUGUCAAAUCGCUCGAUGGCUUCGGACACCAGUUCGAAAUGCCUCUCGUCCAGGACGGGUUCUGGGUCCGAUUCCCCGACACCCUUGUUCGACUCGCCCUGCUUCUUCGCCUUGGAAUCAAAGUCCCCGGCCGCGUUCUUGUGGACGUCGUAUCGGGCGAGCGAUGACGCGAUCUGGAAGGCGUUCCGAAUCUGUCGCCCGUUCCACCUCACAGACUGG